CAAUUUUUACGUUGGUGUGUUCAUUAAGUCAAACAAUCAAUCUAGAUCGUUUCGUGUUUCGAUUAAAUAGAAAAAGAAUCAAAGGAUUGCCGAUUUUUGUAUAACAAGUGCAAUCAGAAGCAUUAUAACUGAUUAGAAAAGUUUUAAUAAGUUUUCGGAAACAUGGAAAGAAAUGGUAAACGCAAACCAACAAUGAAUGAACAAUGUGAAAGCAAUUGGACGGAAUCUGACGGAUUACGCUUACAAGAAUUGUUUGACAAUGGAUUGUUGAGUUUGGCAGAUCCAAUUUCGAAAAUAAUAAGCUUAGACAAACGCUUCGCGAAAUUUAAUAGUCGGGUUCUUGGAAGUCGUUUGGGACGGUUAAGAAAAAAUAAUGCUUCCACUUCGUCAGUCAACGGUGCAUCAAGAAAAGAUGAAGUAAUUAAUCUACGGGCUAGUUCAGAAACGUCGGACUCAGAUGAAUGUAGUCUAAUUUGUGACAACAUGCCAUUUUUAUGCUUUACUUAUGUGGAUACCAGCGACGAGAAAGAAAAAGUCGUCAUACUAUUGGAUCUUCCAGGUGGUACAAAAAGCUAUGAAUGGAAGUUCAACGAUCGGGGUGACGGUAUUAUUCUACAAGUGGAAUGGAGCCGUGCUCUAUACGAUGUUUCCAGCUUUUCAGGGUUUACUGCAGGAGAUGAUCAAAAGUUAAAUGCGAUGCAGGAAAUGCUUUCGAAGCAAGAUAUUAGCCGAAAGAAAAUUCCGAAAUGCAGAAUCCAAGUUUCAUUAGGCAGAAAAGUUCGCAUAGACGAUGAUUCCUGGGAAGCUACCGUCAUUAAACAUGAAGGCAGUAAGAUCCUCAUGAUCGAAUUUUCGGAAUAUCACGAAAAAAUUUUUAAGAAAUUAAAACGAGGAAGCUUCGCGGAUAAUUAAUAAAUUUCUUAAAUGAUAAUUAUACGCAAUGCUAGCGUAGUGGUAUCGUGAGUGUGUCGUGAUUUUCUUAGUAUAUUAGUAUUAGAAUCUAAAAUGGAUUAUUUGAAUUGAACUAAUUCUUUAAAUUCUAUCCAUAAUUUGAGCUGUUAUCAAAUGAAUACUUUUUUCUCAAUAAAAUGUUAGUGAA